AUGGGGGAGUUCCAACGCAUGCUUAGGGAGUCCAUGGCAUCUCUACACCAACGGAUGGACCGCUUAGAGCUUUCUCAAGCUCGGUCCAAAGCUGCCCAUCGAGAUGCUCUACCUCGCGAGGAGUUGGCUUCUAAUAGCGAGGAAGAUGACUUCAUCCGUCGGCCCAAGCAGGACUACCGGAGAACCGAUGACAGAUUAAAGGGGGUCAAGAUCAAGAUUCCCUCAUUCCAAGGCAAGUCUAGCCCAGAGGCUUACCUAGAAUGGGAACAACGAAUCGAGAUGGAGCGCACUAGCAGACGCCGCAAUAGAGAACGGCCAAUUAGUACAUGGGAGGAGCUACGAACCACCAUGAGAAAAUGGUUCGUACCCAGCCAUUACUACCGUGAUCUAUACCAGAGGCUCCAGACAUUAGUUCAAGGAAGCCGUAGUGUGGAGGACUACUACAAGGAGAUGGAGAUCACCAUGCUCCGAGCAGACAUUGUGGAGGAUAGAGAGGCUACCAUGGCGAGAUUUCUUAACAGCUUGAGGCCUGAGAUCGCUGAGUUGGUGGAGUUGCAAAACUACGUGGACAUGCCUGAGUUAAUUAAUAAAGCAUCCAAUAUUGAGAAGAGGCUCAAGAGGAGGGGUAACCCUCGAAACCCUAGCUUCUCAACCACGCCUCUUUGGAGGGGUAAUCCGACCUUUGAGUGGGAACGGCCUAGUACAGGGUUGUCUAAGUUCACUCCUAAGUCCGAGCCACCAAAGCAAGCACCCAAGGCAACCACCAAGCCUCCAUUCGACUCCUCCAAGCCACGAAGCGGCGACAAGUGCUUCAAAUGCCAAGGAUUUGGGCACAUUGCUUCUCAGUGUCCCAAUAGGCGUACCAUGAUUGUCCUACCGAGCGGAGAUGUCGUAUCUGACGACGAGGACGAGGUCACCGAGAUGCCUCCAUUGAUUGAUGAAGAUGAAGAUUCCGAGGUGGAGGUUGAGGCCACUACUGAGCAAGUGGGUGUUGCUCUAGUAGCCCGUCGAGCUCUUGCAACCCAGGUCAAGAGAGUGGAUGAGACCCAACGUGACAACAUCUUCUACACACGGUGUCACGUCAAGAGAAGAGUAUGUAGCCUCAUCAUCGACGUGGGUAGUUGUACCAACGUGGCAAGCACUCUCAUGGUAGAUCAUCUUUCCUUGCCCACGUUGAGGCACCCUAACCCAUACCGCUUGCAAUGGCUCAAUGAGAGUGGGGAUAUCAAAGUCACCAAGCAAGUGGUGGUGCCUUUCCGAAUUGGGAAGUAUGAGGACGAGAUCCUUUGUGACGUCGUUCCCAUGCAAGCUUCUCACAUUUUGUUGGGACGGCCAUGGCAAUAUGACAAGAAGACUACUCAUGAUGGCUUUACCAACAAGUACUCCUUCUUGCACCACAACAAGAAGAUGAUACUUGUUCCUCUCACCCCUCAGCAGGUGCAUGAAGAUCAACUGCGAUUGCAAUAG